UUCCUGUCAGUGCCAUAGCAACCAGAGCAGGCAUCAACCAUCAACAUGGCCAAGGCAACGACUGUGAGAGAAGCUCUGACCAAGUGGGAGGAAAAAUCAGGGGAGAAAGUGAACGAGGCUAAAGCAAUAAAACUGUAUGGUCAGAUUCCUCCUAUAGAGAAGAUGGAUGCUUCUCUCUCAACACUCAGCAACUGCGAAAAGCUGUCUCUUUCCACAAACUGCAUUGAGAAAAUAACAAAUCUCAAUGGUCUGAAGAACCUGAGAAUAUUGUCAUUAGGAAGAAAUAAUAUAAAGGUUCUCACUGGGCUGGAGGCAGUAGGGGACACAUUAGAAGAGUUGUGGAUCUCCUAUAACUUUAUAGAGAAACUGAAGGGAAUCCAAUGCAUGAAGAACCUGAAAGUCCUCUACAUGUCCAACAACCUGGUGAAAGAAUGGGGAGAGUUUGUGAGGCUAGCUGACCUACCAUGCCUUGCUGACCUGGUGUUUGUUGGAAAUCCUCUGGAGGAGAAGCAUUCAGCUGAGGGCACUUGGAUGGAUGAAGCCUCUAAAAGACUUCCUAAUCUGAAGAAACUAGAUGGAACCCCAGUCAUCAAACAGGAAGAGGAUGAAGGAGAUGGAGAAAGCUGAGAAGCAUAACUAUCUGCAAAAUUACAGCCCCUGUCCCUGAGAGUCUUUGCUUUUUUAAGUUUUGUAUGGUUUGUCAUGUUGCAUUUCUCUACAUAAAAUAUGAUUUUUACAACAGCAUAGACUUUGUUGUAGAUCAAAGAGCACAAAAUAGCCAACAAAUACACAGAAUGUCUAUGUUCUAGAGUUGAAAAAAAGUGUUUUGAAUUGACAAUUCUUUAGGCCUUGUGGGUUUGGUACCAGAAAAAGGUUCUGACAAGACCCUUUAAGUAGAACUAUGUGAUAAGCACAUUUCCUCCCCCCAUUGUUUUAUUUUUUACUGUCAAAAUAUGAAGGAUUUGGAUAUCCUGGAUUUUAUAUGCCUUUAAAUUCAUAUAGCAAGAACUAAAGCACAGUGUAGCACACAGUCUAGUGAGCAGAGACAUUUUUGUGGACCAGAUGUUGAUCAGGUAAUGCUAUUAUCUCCAUGUUGGCUGUAAAUACCUGGUACUGUUCUUAGUCCAUAACAUCAACAUGGAGAGAUGGCCAAAUACAGAUAAAGAUUAGCUGGAUUAUGCUACAUUUACAUCACAUUGGACUAAGCAGUAGAGCAACUGUUGGUAAGAAAGAGUGACUUAGAGUGAUACAUUUUAGUAUCAACCACAAAUGAAAAAUUCAGCAAAUAGCUGCAUCUUCCCGUGGUACUUAAACAGCCUACUGUUUUUCCUGGUUGUUAUCAGAAUUCCAGAUUUGCUGAAAUCAGGGUCAAAGCUUUUAUGACCAAAAUACAUCCACAGCUCUCUUUGGUACUGUGUUUCUUGAGAUCUUCCUGGCUAUACACUGUAAUACUGAGGUCAUGUAAUAUAUGUCUAAAAUUGAUUAGAUUCAGAUCUAACAUGAAUAUGUAUUGCAAUAACUUCUGUUUAUUAUUUUGAAGGGCAAAAACUAAUUACCAAUUUAUUUAAAUUAUUUUUAUGUUUUAAAUUA